CGGCGAAUCCACGUCCUGCUCCGCGGUCUCGCGAGAAGAGCGUCCGCACAGAGAGGCACGAAGCGGCCAUUGUAGGGACUCCUGGAAUGAGAUUCCAGAUGACUGAACUUUGUCAAAACACAGAUGAGCAGAACGCUACCUGGAACUAACGUCCUCUGAAAUCUAACAGCCCUCUGAUCUGCUGAAAUUUCAGCUUAUGUAAAUGAGCUAAGGCUGGUUAGUUUUAUUUGACGCUUUCAUGAAGAGGGUGGAUAAGCUUGAUGGACAUAGACAAAUGAGACCAAAAACAUUCCCUGCCAGCAACUUUUCUGGGAGUAGCCGGCAGAUGUUGCAGGAAAUCCGGGAAAGUCUCAAACAUUUGCCUAAACCAUCAGGAGAUGCUGGAAGCACUGAUCAAAGUAUGAUGAAAUUGAGCACAGAAGAUUCAAGACAACAGGGACGGAAUGCUCUCAAAUUUGUGACUCACCAAAAAGCCUUACAGGAGAUUCGAAAUUCUUUGCUGCCAUUUUCAAAUGAGUACAGCUCAUCAGGUCGUGGAUCUGUUGAUGUAAACAAGCAGAUGUUACAGGACCUAGUAUCUGCGGGUUUUGAUGAGGACAUGGUGGUAAAAGCUCUCAGGAAGACCAACAGUCGCAGUAUUGAGGCUGCUAUUGAACACAUCAGCAAGAUGAGUUACCAGGAUUCUAGGAGAGAGCAGAUGGUUACUUCAAGACCAGUGAAUGCGAGCAUGAAGGCAUCAGGAUCCAAUACAAUAAAUCGGAGACCAAGUUGGAAGGGUUCUAAAGAAUCAUUGGUUGCACAGCGACAUGGUCCAUCGUUGAUGGAAGGCAUGGGAUAUCGUGCAGAAAGUCCUAUUUCCCAGUUAGAAAUGGGUCGGCCAUUGUCUUCAAGUUCUGGAAUGACUGCAUACACACAGAGUCAUCCUGGGAAUGGACAGGGGUCUUUGGGAGCAGUGAACUCUCAGAGAGCAAAUGCACCCCCUCAACUUCCAGUGAGAAGUGUAACGCCACCACCACCUCCCCCGCGAGGGCAAACCCCUCCCCCACGUGGCACCACUCCUCCCCCAGCCUCAUGGGAGGGGAGCCAGCAACCAAAGCGUUUCUCUGGAAACAUGGAGUACAUGAUCACACGGAUAUCUCCUGUGCCACAAGGGACCUGGCAGGACGGGUUCCCGCCGUCCAACCUCGGUGCUGCAUCUAUGAUGAACCCACCACCCCAAGGCCAGCGUGGAAUAAGUCCCAUUCCAAUUGGCAGACAACCUAUUAUUAUGCAAAAUAGCAGCAGUACUAAGUACAACUACACAGCGGGCAGAACUGCACAUCAGAAUGGAUCAGCACAGGCAGAUGGAUCCAUGGGUGGACACUUUGUGACUCAUCAGAAUGUCAUGGGUGGGAAUUCUGUGAGCCGUCAGCCACCUCCAUACCCUCACCCUCAGGCUAGUCGGCAAAGCCCCAGUGCCUUACAAAUGCAAGCAGGAGGAGCCGCAGCUUCCACCUACAGCAGCAACCUGAAUGGGAAUGUUUCACAGUCUGUCAUGGUGCCGAACAGAAACAGCCAGAACCUGGACCUUUACAACAUAAGCGUGAGUGGGAUUGCAUCGUCUUGGCCACAGCCUCCUCCAACACAACCCCAGUCGGUGGCAUGCGCUUCAGAAGUGCCUAACUGGCACCCUCCCCAAAACUUGAAUGCACCUGUAAGAUCCAAUUCAUUCAAUAAUCACCUUCUAUCCAGCCGGCAGCCUCAUUCCAACUCGCAAACAUCUGCUACCACUGUUACUGCCAUCACACCUGCUCCUAUUCUACAGCCUGUGAAAAGUAUCCGUGUACAGAAACCUGAACUGCAGACUGCACUUGCCCCCACUCACCCUCCCUGGAUGCAGCAGGCUCCUCCUGUUCCUGAGGCACCUACGUUGAGCGAGGCUCCAAAUUACCAGCCUCCACCUCCGCCAUAUCCCAAGCACUUACUACAACAGAACCAGCCUGUACCACCUUAUGAUUCCAUAGCUAAAGCCAGCAAAGAUGAGCAGGUAGCUAAAGCACCCUCAUUAUUUUCUCAAAGCACAGAAGAGGAUGAGUCUGAGAAGGUCGUUGAGUUUGGGGAACGCCUUGACGCUGUGGAGAAGGAAAAGAAACAGAUUACAACGUCACCUGUUCCAGUGAGGAAAAACAAAAAAGAUGAGGAGCGCAGAGAGUCACGAAUUCAGAUUUACUCCUCACAGGCAUUUAAAUUCUUCAUGGAGCAGCAUGUGGAGAAUGUGCUCAAAUCUCAUCAGCAAAGGCUACAUCGCAAAAAGCAACUGGAGAAUGAAAUGUCAAGGGUUGGAUUAUCAAAAGAUGCCCAAGACCAGAUGCGCAAGAUGUUGUGCCAGAAAGAGUCCAAUUACAUUCGCUUAAAAAGGGCAAAGAUGGAUAAGUCCAUGUUUGUGAAGAUCAAGACCCUGGGAAUUGGUGCAUUUGGAGAAGUCUGUCUAGCUCGGAAAGUCGAUACCAAUGCAUUGUAUGCCAUGAAGACGCUGAGGAAGAAGGAUGUGUUGCUACGUAACCAAGUUGCUCAUGUAAAAGCCGAGCGAGAUAUCUUGGCAGAAGCUGACAACGAGUGGGUGGUUCGCCUCUAUUAUUCAUUCCAAGACCGAGACAACCUUUACUUUGUAAUGGACUACAUUCCAGGAGGAGAUAUGAUGAGUCUCCUUAUAAGAAUGGGCAUCUUUCCAGAACCUCUAGCGCAGUUCUACAUUGCUGAACUGACUUGUGCAGUAGAAAGUGUCCACAAAAUGGGCUUUAUUCACAGGGAUAUUAAACCAGACAACAUCCUGAUUGACCGAGAUGGCCACAUUAAACUGACUGACUUUGGGCUCUGCACGGGUUUCCGAUGGACUCAUGAUUCCAAGUAUUAUCAAAGUGGUGACCAUCCUCGGCAAGACAGCAUGGAUUUCAGUAAUGAAUGGGGUGAUCCCAAGAGCUGUAAGUGUGCAGAGAGACUAAAACCACUGGAGCGAAGAGCUGCUCGGCAACAUCAGCGCUGCUUGGCACAUUCUCUGGUGGGCACACCCAAUUACAUUGCACCAGAAGUCUUGCUCCGUACAGGUUACACCCAGUUGUGUGAUUGGUGGAGUGUGGGUGUCAUUCUUUAUGAAAUGUUGGUGGGCCAACCUCCUUUCUUGGCACAAACUCCAUUGGAAACACAGAUUAAGGUCAUAAACUGGCAGACAACACUUCACAUCCCGCCCCAAGCUAAACUUAGCCCCGAAGCAUCCGAUUUCAUUAUCAAGCUUUGUCGAGGCCCUGAAGACAGGCUCGGAAUGAAUGGCACAGAUGAAAUAAAAGCCCAUCCAUUUUUCAGGCAGAUUGAUUUCUCCAGUGACAUCCGGCAUCAGUCAGCUCCAUACAUUCCCAAGAUAACUCACCCAACAGAUACGUCCAAUUUUGAUCCUGUGGAUCCUGACAAAUUGUGGAGUGAUGAUAAUGAUGGAGAGAAUGUUAAUGACACACUUGAUGGCUGGUAUCAGAAUGGGAAGCAUCCAGAACAUGCUUUCUAUGAGUUUACAUUCCGUAGAUUUUUUGAUGAUAAUGGCUACCCUUAUAGCUACCCUAAACCAUUGCAGUGCGAUUAUCGUAGUCUGGAAGCACCCAGACACGAGACAGAAAGUAACGAAGAAAACGUAUCGGGAAAAGGGAGCCAGAAUCGAGAACUGGUCUAUGUAUGAAUGGAAGUCUUAUUUUUUUUUAAGGAAAAACUCCUUUGUUGUUUAAUUUCCAGUGAUGGAUUUUAGUUUUUACUUGAUACUUUCAUGUUUUGGUUCUCAAGAACUUACAGAAAAAUAUAUUUUGUAAGUAUUAAUUUAUUUGAAUGUUGUAAUUUGAAUCCUUCAGUUAAGUGUGAAUAGAAUGUUGACUUUAAUACCUAACACUAGAGUUGAGAAUCAAUUGGAUCAUGUGAUCAGUCACCUAUCAGUAAUACUGGCCUUGUACAUGACCAGUGCUCAGUCUAUAUCAUUACCCUACGUGCUCACUUGGAGAGUUUCACAGAAGUGCACAGAGGAUACCUGUAUGUUUUUCAUCAAAAGAGGUAUUAUUUUCCAAGGCUGUACUCUCAGUACAGAACUUUUCUAGAAGAGAGUAUGGUUAAAGACUAAAAGCCUCGUGGCUUCCUGCAUAUCCAGCAGUAAGGCUGUAUACUGGGAAUGGGCAGAGAUGCACCAAGAUACAAGGUUAAAUCUGUGAUCCAUGUUUUCUGUCUACUCAGCUGACAUACUGUUUCUAGAUUUAGGACUUUUAACACUAUAAAGUACAAUCUGUGCCCACACUGCAGCUGCAGAGGGCUUUAACACUAUACAAUCUAUUCUAUUCUCACAUGGGGAGAAAUGAUAAAUCUUUAACACUAUGUACCUAUUCUGUACCCUGCUGAGGAUGGGGAGAUAGCUGUAACACUAUUGUGGGCCUAUGCUUCUUUCCAUUUGUCCCUAUUAGGGAUGGAUCUAUGCUAAAUGACCCAUUAUCUUUCUGAAGCCUAGGAAAUGGUCUUUAAUGGUGUGCCUUAAAACAUCCUGCUUAGCUUUGACCAAAUAUGAAAAAAUCAUUUUGGUGUAAUUUACAUGAAAAUAAUUCUCUUUUAGAAGCAUAUAGAUUGCAGGUUAUUAGCUUUCUAUUUUUUCUAAUUUAUGCAUUGAAUUUAUUUAUAAAUUAUACAUGUUGUAUAAACAUUUAAUUUGACAGUAAAUACUUUCAUUGUCUCAUUUUAUUUCCAAUGACAUUAAAUCUAAGAUAAUUUUCAAACUUGA